AGGAGAAUGUAUUCCCUGCCAAUUCAUCCGCCCGACCUUGCUACAGAAGCUGCAGAGUUCGAGGCCCGCGUCGCCCACCUCACAUCCUACUUCUCGCAGCCCCGUUUCGCUAACAUCACCCGGCCAUACACCCCUCGUGAUAUAGCUCUCAAACAGGGAUCAGCACCAGUUCUUCCCCUUCCUGCCUCUCUUCUCGCCGACAAGCUUUUCCGUAUAUUCGAGGAUGCCAGUGCGAACGGACUCCCCGUACAUACUAUGGGAGCUAUCGACCCCGUCCAGAUGACACAGAUGGCCAAACAUCAACAGGUCGUAUAUAUUUCUGGAUGGGCGGCUUCGUCCCUCCUCACCACCGGCAACAACGAAGUUGGUCCUGACUUUGGUGACUAUCCCUACACGACUGUUCCAAAUCAGGUGCAUCGUAUUUUUCGUGCACAACAACUACAUGACCGGAAGCACUACGAUGCCCGAAUGUCGGCGUCACCAGAGGAAAGGGCUAAAAUGCCUUACAUUGAUUACCUCCGCCCCAUCAUUGCGGAUGCAGACACUGGACACGGCGGACCUUCCUCAGUUCUGAAGCUCGCCAAGCUCUUUGCAGAAUCCGGUGCAGCCGCUAUCCACUUGGAAGAUCAGCUUCAUGGUGGCAAGAAAUGUGGCCAUCUCGCGGGUAAAGUUCUUGUCCCGGCGUCCACACAUGUGUCUCGUUUAGUUGCGACGCGCUUCGCGCUUGACAUGCUGGAGUGUCCCAUGCUGGUGAUCGCUCGUACUGAUGCAGAAAGCGGGAGGCUUCUCAGUUCAAGUGUGGAUCCUGGCGAUCAUCCGUACAUCCUGGGUACCUCGGUACCUGGACAACCGCUCGCAGAAGCGCUAGCAAGUGCCGUGAGUGCGGUGGAUGCAGCGCGCAUUGAGCAGGAAUGGGAUGCUACUCAUCCACUCAUGACAUUUGACGAGGCGGUUCGUCGCGCAAUCCUCGAUACCUCAGCAAUAUCUUCACCUGAGAGCACUUUUGAGCACUACAAGUCUCUAGUAUCCGGAAAGUCUAACACGGAGGCGCGCAAGGUUGCACGCGACAUACUCGGAAGGGAGAUCUUGUGGGAUUGGGAUUCGCCGCGCACGCCUGAGGGUUACUACCGCUUAGUCCCUGGUCUCGCUCCCGCUUUGGCCCGCACUGUCCGCUACGCACCUUAUGCUGAUUUGCUUUGGCUUGAGACAUCAAAGCCAGACCUUGAGCAAGCACGCAGGUUUGCAAGGCAAGUAAAGGAACAGACCGGUGUGCAAAAGUGGAUGGUAUAUAACCUGAGCCCGAGCUUCAACUGGCUCGGAGACGGAUGGACUGAGGAUGAUUUGAAGAAUUUUAUUUGGGAACUCGGCAAGGAAGGAUUUGUCCUCCAGCUGAUCUCGCUUGCUGGAGUACAUAGCAAUGCAGUGGCCACCGCUGAGCUAGCCGAACGAUACAAGACAGAUGGUAUGCUAGCCUACGUCAACCUUGUGCAGUGGAAGGAGAAAGAAAUCGGGUGUGAUGUAUUGACUCACCAGAAGUGGUCUGGUACAAAUUACAUCGACUCGAUUAUCCAGACCGUCACGGCUGGAUCUGCCAGCACCUCGGCUCUUGGGGAAGAUUCUACAGAGCACGGGUUCUGAAAUGUGGAAGGGAGGCUGGGCCCGACCUAUCUCUGUUUCCAUCUACCCUAGAAACCAGGUGCGAUGUGUGGGCGAGAUUACAAGACAUACUAGUUUCUAUGGCCAAGUCAGCGGAGCUGUUCUGUAUGGGUCGGAAG